AUGACCGUCAAACAGUACAAGGCGUGCCUCUUUGAUAUGGAUGGUCUCCUUAUAAACUCUGAGGAUAUUUAUACAAAGUCUUUUUCUAAAGUCUUGAUCGAAAAUUUUGGUAAGGAGCAGGGUCUUACGUGGGAUGUUAAAGUGAAGCUUCAAGGACUACAAGGUCCAGAUGCUUGCCAGGUAGUGCUCGACAGUUACCAAUUGAACGAUGUCACCACAAACAUGGAAUUUCUUAGACUCACCUCUGAAGAGCAGGAGAAACUAUGGCAUACAGUGCAGUUUCUACCGGGGGCUUCGGAGCUUAUUCAAUAUCUUCACUCAAGAAAUAUUCCCAUGGCACUCUGCACUUCUUCGUCAUACGACAAGUUUCUUGCAAAGACAUCCCAUUUGCAGGAGUUUAAGUUGUUUGGCGAUAAGGUGGUGACGGGAGACGAUCCAGAAGUGACUGGUAAGGGUAAACCUUUACCGUAUGUUUGGUGGACGGGAUUAAGUAAGAUUAAUAAGGGACGUAGCGAGGAAAACGCGAUCAAGGCAGAAGAAUGCCUUGUCUUUGAAGACGCUGUCUUGGGAUUCAUCAGCGGUAAACGGUCAAAUGGCUACGUUAUUUGGGUGCCAGAUGUCCGCGCAGUAGAGGUGAUGGAGCAGGAUCAGAUUGAUGAAUUGGUGGGUCCUGAUAACAAGCACGGUACUCUUCUCAAGUCGCUGGAAGAAUUCCAACCGGCAUCAUAUGGACUCUAG